AUGGCGGAGCCGGGAAGCGCACAGGCCAGGAGCAGAGCCGGCGCCAACUCCGGACACCUCUGGACCGCCCCCACGGCCGCCGCACCCAAUCAGCGCUGCGAGGAGGUGGGACUAAUACGAGAGAGGCUUCCAGGGAUUGGUCGACAUGGCGCUGUCGUGAAUCCGGUAAGAUUGGGCGAGCGCGCCAGACUUCCGGAUUCCCGCACGCUCCCUGACACGUCGGCUUCCGUAAAGAGAAAAAUCUUUAAGUUUAUUGUUGAUUCAGAACCAACAAAAACUGAGAUGGUCUUUGAACUGCUCCCCACCCCAGCAACAGAGAACAAAGUGAGGGCAAACUGGGAAAUGUCUCCAGAGAGAUUAUCUGAAUCUUCUUUUUCCAGGUCCACCAGCAGAUUCCUCUCAGCCUGUGAUGUAUCCCACUCUAUAGACACAGGGCUGUCCUGUGUCUUACUGCAGAAGACUUGUCCUUCUUGGAAACUGGGACAUAAGCACUGCUCUCUAACUCCCUCACCAUCGUUAUAUAGAAAAUGGAAGCAACCAGAGAGGACUUCUACAAGGUCCUGCCGCACUCUCCCACGCAUCAACGUGCAUAUACAAACUAUCUCCUUGUUUAUUGCUAUGGAGGAAGCUGGCAAAGACAACCCUCCAGGUAUGCACGGGAUCCUUUCUUUCCUUUUAUGUUGGCCAAGGAAUGAACUCAGAACCUCAUAUUCAUGCAUGAUAACACCGCUGAGUAGCCUCCCUGGUUCAACUUUUUCAUUCUUCAUUUCCUUGAAGGGGCAGGGGGAGCAGGGUGGAGUGCAGAUAGAGAAGGCAAACAUCAUAGCACCACUCCAUCGUUCAUGGAGAUUCCCCUUAUGUUGUGACAGAACUUGAACCCAGGGCCACCUGCAUAAAAGGCAUACCUCUACCAGGUGUGCUAUCUCUUAGUCCCAUCCUCAGCCCCACUGGCUCUUUCUUGAAAUGUCAGCACGUCUCAAGUCUCAAUCCUUCUUUCUGCUUGCAUUAACUCUUGGCAAUGUUAUCUCAUAAUCUGAUUCUUUAAAAC